AUGAGUGAUAAGCCAGAUUUGUCGGAAGUGGAAAGAUUUGAUAGAUCCAAACUGAAGAAGACAAUCACCGAAGAGAAGAAUACUCUUCCGUCAAUGGAAAUCAUCCAGCAAGAGAAGGAGAUGGCGAAAAGAUCAUAA